AUUUCUAUUUUGUUAAUUUGUUUGUUUUCUUCUCUUCGUCACGGUUUCUCAAGGCGGGAUUCUACGUAACAGUGGUUAUUGAUUGCCCAAAGAACUUUUAAAUAUUGUUCUACCCAGUUUUCUACAUUUAAUUAAGUAUGGAUAUUUGGGACAUCAAAGAGGAGCCAGACUUGGAUGACUUUUCAUACAACGCUGAAAUAGACUUGAAGAUUGAAGAGAUAAGUGGUGAUGAAGAGGAACUCUAUGCUGAUGAGGAACUUUAUCCUAAUGAGGCUGAUUCAUGCUAUGAUCCUCUGCCAUCACCAGAGACCUGCAAGAGCAUGCUGAAAAUGGAUACGCGUACUAGAGACAGGUCCCGGUCGCCGAUCAAGCCUCCUUUUCCUCUAAAAUCCAACUUGGUAAUGCGGAUUUUCAACGAAAAUGGCGAACCACUGGACGAGAUUUAUGACGGCACAUUCUUUGCCCCGGAUGCCCACCCUGCGUUUGUGACCACAGAUAGUGUUAAGUGUGAGAGGAGUGAGAGGAGUGAGAGAAGUGAGAGGAGAAUGAGUAGAAGGAGAGGUGGAAGAAGCCGUGGAAGCAGAGGUGGGAGAGGUGCAUCAGGGGUUAGUACGCGUGGGUGUGGGCAUCCGAACGUGGGCGAUGUUGGGAACGUUACGUGGGAGGUGGGACACCCACUCCAUGAAAUUUGGACGACUGACGCAGACGUCCCCCCCGAAUUAGUAAGUUUGGCGAGGGACGUCAUGAGGAAACGACAGGCGAGAUUGCAAGGUGAAAGAACGAAGGGUUGCGAACGAGGCGCUAGCGAGAUGGUGCAAGAAGAUGAAUUCUUUGACGCUUGUGAUGGAGGGAAUGGUCUCCCCAAACUGGACCGCCACAACCUUCACUUUGAAUGGUCUCCCAUGGAGACCUUUCAAGUGCAGGAGGAAAAGUUUAGGCCGGAGCGUACUGGAUCAGUUCGGAAUCACAGUUCGGCGUAUGAUGCUUUUCGUGCUUAUUGGGACGACGAGAUCUUAAACCUGAUUGUCACUAAAACGAACCAGUACGCCUCGAAAAUUGACACCCCCGGCUUCCAGUCUGACUGGUGCCCUACUAACGUCCAUGAAAUAUUGUGCCUUUUCGCGUUUUGGAUCAUGCAAGGGAUCAUCAAAAUGCCGACACUCAAUUGUUGCUUUACCGAGCAUCCCAUACUGAAAACGGAAGUUUUCAGAGGCAUCUUCUCACGCAAGAGAUACGAUAUGUUGACGCGAGCUUUGCAUUUUAUAGAUUCCGACCCUACGAACAAAUCAAAUUCCUCCAUAACGGGCGCUGCAAGCUUGGAUCCUUUACACUAUUUGGAACCAAUUAUUAGUCAUUUAAAUACAAGAUUUCGAUCUAAUUACAUUUUAGAUAAAGACAUUUGUAUAGACGAGACUUACACCAAACAGUGUCAUAAGUCCAAGGCUACGAAGGGUGUAAAGACCUUUGAGCUUUUCGAAAGUGCAACAGGAUAUUUGUGGUCUUUCAUAGUUUACUCCGGUAAACCGUCGGCUGUGGCUCUGGGGCAUUUGUCCGGGGUUCGUAAAACUCCAGCUGUGGUGAUGAGGCUCAUGGGUCCCCUGCUAAACAAAGGGUAUAGAUUGUUUACGGACUGGUGUUCACCCAUGUUAGCUAGGUAUCUCAAGAUGAACGGCACUGAUUGCGUCGGCACUUUGAUAGUUUCAUCCGAAGACGUCCCCACUGUAAUAAAAAUGGCUCCGCUAAAACGAGGAGAGUAUAUUGCGAGACAUUCCGGCGACGUCUCGAUAUUGUCUUGGCAAGACAAAAAGAGAAAAACUAUUGUUUCUACUUGUCACGAUUCGUCUACUGCCUUGUCUACGGUCUCCUCUAGGCUCCGCCUAGUACCGUUUAUACCCAAAAUGAUGUUGGAUUACAAUAAAUACACAAAGAGGAUGUAUAUAAAGGAUCACAAUAUUAAUAAUGACACUCGUACAACAAUUUAUCAAACGCUCGAGCCUUAUUUAUUAGAUAAGAGAGGUGCUAAGUGGCACAUGAGAAUAUUUAAACGCCUCCUCAACGUUUCUGUCCUUAACUCGGGUAUUCUUCUGCAGUCGUCUACAAAGACACCUAAACACGAUUUAGAUUUUCGCCUCACCCUUGUGUACGCCAUCCUUAACAACCAUCAUGCACUUUGCCCGCAAAACAGCAAAAUCGACGUAACCAGCAGUAGUAACAACAGAUACAUUAUAUCUAGACAUUGGCCUGUUCCUCUGUCGACUCCAAGCAUUCGAUGUGCUGUCUGCGUUAGCAAAGGCAAGAAGAAAAAGCCGACGCCAUAUUGUUGCGAAUCCUGUCGCGUGCCAUUGUGUAUAACGGGUUGUUUUAAAGAAUACCAUACACCAUCACAGUAGUUGUAUCUUUUCUCUUUCAUCAUCAUCCAUCAGCAGUAUUAACAGAUUCAUUAUAUCUACACAUUGGCCUGUUCCACUGCCGACUCCAAGCAUUCGCUGUGCUGUCUGCGUUAGCAAAGGCAAGAAGAAACGCUUGUUUUAAGGAAUACCGUACACCAUCAAUUAGUUUGGUCUUCUCUCUUUCAUCAUCAUCAUCAGAGACUACAGAGGCACUCCUUGUAGGAGAGGGGAUGUAGAUACUUACCACGCUACUCUAAUGCGGAUUGGCGAGGUCAGGGUGAUAAUAUUAGAUUCAUUAACAGCCCACUGACAGAUAUUCAUGAUAGUGACCGGGGCCGACGGGUUAACAGGGGGGUAUAACACCACGAAAACUCUGAGCAGAGAAUUCAAUUAAAAACUUACCUAGAAGAAAGUGAAUGAGAUACUGAGUCAUAGCCCGACUCACGAUUAGAACCCUUAUCAUCGUCAUCAUCAUCAUCACUUCAAUUUCUGAUUUGAUCACGCAGAGAUACAUCGAGCAUAGCUCGUUCCAUCGUCCGCUGUGUGACUCUGAGCCUUCUUAUGAGGCCCAUAGUUAGCGACCAAGUCUCGGAACCAUAGAUCAUCAGGCCUAGAACCCAGGAUUUCAUGGUCUGAACCCACACACAAACCAUUGCACCAAAGAAGCAGUUAUUCUUUUUUUCAUUUCAUGCCAAUUGUCCGUAAACAACUAUUGUAUGAAAGCAGAAUGAAAGACGAUUGUAAUGUGAGGUAAUAUUUGUAGUGUUUUUAACCGACUUCCAAAAAGGCCUCCUCCU